AGCAACGGAAGUGACUUCGAGCCAAUCGAGUUGGAGAGUUCGGGUAAAAAUGGCUGAAUUCUUCAAUAUUCGGGACUGAGGACAAGUGGAAACGGGCGCAGGCAAUAUCCUAUCGGGGUUGCUGGGCGGCGUGGGACAGUAUUUCUGGGGUAUCCAGCCCUCAGCUCACCUCUGUCUUUGCACCCCUUCCAGGGUUAACUGCUCCUUUUACUUUAGGAUCGGGGCCUUCCGGCAUGGGGACCAAUGCUCCCGGCUUCCCGAAACAAACUUUCAGGCUGGUGAGACUUGGCACGGAGCCUGGAGGGUUAAAGCCUCCCGGCUGUUCCCCUUCCGUUGUCCAUCAUCCCGAGGUCCCGCCUUUUCCGGAUAUCUUAGGCCCACCCUACUGCCCGGCUUUUUUCUUGUCGGACCUCUGCUAUUCCUCCCUCAACCUACACCCCUCGGUUGUCUCUCACUUCUAGGUCCUCCCUCUGCUGGUUUCCUUAGGGACAUGCAUCGCUGAUGCAUUCAAGAUGCUUAGGCUUCUUCCCAACAUCUUUGCACAUAGCCCUGCUCUCUCUGCUCAGGACCCUGCUCCUCUUAAUUCUAUUCAGACAAUAGUGCUGCUCAACCUGUACCGGAAUCCACAGAACACCGCCCAAACCGCAGACGGAUCGCACUGGAGGGACCAUUUCUUGGGGGCAGGACGGACUGCCCUCUGCAGGCCACUUCCUGAUUCCACCCUACCCCUUCCAGGUCACGUGCAUGAGGUAGAGGUACAAGAACACUAUGAUAACGUAUUUGAGGUGAGGAUUGGCAGAGAUGGGUUGAGUUGUGGGCCAGGAGUUCAGCUGAACACCUCCUGGUCUCCAGAGGAGGGAUCAUGGAACUGCAAGAGAAGUACAGGGAGAUUGAAGAGAUGAAUGUGUGUAACAACUUGGGGGACCACCUCGUGGGCAAUGUCUAUGUCAAUGUGCCUGCUUUCCCCCCAUUAGAGACCAGAGGUGGAGGCAUUUCAGUGCCUAAAGGUCACCACUUAAGCCUCAUAGUUUGAGGUCCAUCACUAAAUCCAGUCCAGCCGCAGAGCUGCUUACAAAUCCCCUGAAGGUUUCUGAGUUUGACUACCAAACUUGACCUACUUCCGGCACGAAGAGGAUGCUGAGCGGGCAGUAGCUGAACUCAGUAACCGCUGGUUCAGUGGGCAGGCUCUGCAUGCCGAUCUGUCUCCUGUCACCGAUUUCCGGGAGUCAUGCUGUCGGCAGUAUGAGAUGGGGUACGGCAGUAAGGGGGUGGGAUGGGCACCUGGAGUUCCAGACUCCUGUGUGUGUAUUGGUGGGGCUGUCAAUGACAAUGUCCUCUUCCACCCAUCCAUCCUCAACCCAGAGAAUGUACUCGUGGUAGCUUUUGCAACUUCAUGCACCUGUGACCCACCUCCCGGAACUUCUGGCAGCAGUUCUAUUGGUUGGAACCCAGGCUCAGGUCACGCCCAAGGUCCCAUACCUGCCACUGUCCCAAAGAAGAAACUGAUGACAUUCCCCAGGCCACCAGCAGGGUCACUUCUAAGAUCCUGACCCUCUUGCCCUCCACCCCUAACAGGUAGAUAGGUUCCUCUCCAGGACCCCUCCUCAAAGCUCCCUUAACUCCCCAGGGCCAUCUUCCCCAGCCCCUAGUCUGCCACCCCUCCCCGAAUAAAGUUCUGUAUUUUGAGUUUGAGUCUAGCUGCGGGCUGGAGUUUCCUUCCACCCCCACAUCCGACGAAAAGGGGAAGUAGGUUGGGCUCUAGCCACAACUGCAGUUGAAGAACUUCAAACAGGUGGAAAAUUAUUGGACUCAGGGCUCAACGCCCUAGAAACCCUCAAGUGGGACUGGUGGAGCGCCUUCGUGCUGGAAACUUCAUAUCCAUCUGAGGCUUUUCAAAGGGAAGACGCCUAGUUGUGGCAGAUUGGAGGAUUCCCAACCCAGAGGAGUUUGGGGUUAGGAUCUAAGGUAAGGGCACUGUGGCCGGAAGUCCUACAGUCUCGGGCCCCCAGGCUGCACGCACCGCUGGGAUGAGGCCCCAGCACCUCUUGUCUGCUGCGCUGUUCCUGGCCCAAGCGGUGCCACAUGAAGCCUCGCAACACUGCAACCGUCUUGAGUACUGGAACCCUGACAACCUGUGCUGUGGCAGCUGCCUACAGCGCUUUGGGCCUCCCCCAUGCCCUGACUAUGAGUUUUCAGAAAACUGCGGGCUCAAUGACUUUGGUGAUCAUGUAAUGCACCCCUUCCAAGAGUGUCCUCGUGGGCAGUGCAAUCCGGACCUCGCAGAGCUAUGUAGCUUCUGUGGCAGCGGAACCAGGGCCCCUACUCCCGAGGGAAGCCGGCAGCGCUGUGGAGAGAAGCCUGCCCCUACCAAGGAGCCCUGUCCCCUGAAGCCUGAAACACCCAGCGUCCUAAGCUCACAGGAGACCAGCUCACCAGCCAUUUCCAGCCCCCCUCGAACAUCUGAACACACCAUCCCUUGGCAGGCCUUGCUGACUUUUGCCCUGCCCCUGGUGCUGGUUCUGCUCGUGACCUCAGCAGCCAUCCUCCUGUUCGCCCGGAAAAGGCACAGUCCCUACCUCCCCUAUCCUGGCUCCAACACCUCUGGAGGCUCUCUGGUGACAUCGGAAGCAGAGCUGCCAAAUCUGGCAUCACAGCCCCUGUCUCGCCUUCUGGAUGAGUUGGAGGUGCUGGAGGAGCUGAUUGUGCUGCUGGACCCUGAGCCUGGGCCAGGUGGGGCUUUGGCCUGUGGUACUACUCGACACCUGGCUGCAAAAUAUGGACUGCCUGCUUCCUGGUCCACCUUUGCCUACUCACUGCGACCCAGUCACUCGCCUCUGCGUGCCCUCAUUGAGAUGGUGGUGGCAAGGGAGCCCUCUGCUUCUUUGGGCCAGCUUGGCACACACCUGGCCCAGCUAGGGCGGGCAGAUGCCCUGCAGGUGCUGUCUAAACUUGCCUGAUCUGGAGCUCGCCUGGCCUAGUACUCAAUAAAGUUUCCCUUGAAAUUAAGUGCCUGCUGUGUCCUGGACUCAUUAGGAGCCCUCUUGAAAUAGUCUUAAUCGGGCCAAGACCCAGCAGACAUUCUUAUCCCCCACCCAGAAUAGGGCCCAUUCUAUCACAGAAGACCAGGUGUGGGAGAGCUGGUCUCAGUGCUUCUGGGCAAUCAGGGUCCCCUCUUGAGGAAAACUCCCACUACCCAAGAGGGAUCCACAGGCAUCCAGCUGGGUUCUAACUUACAGUACAUAAAACAUUUGUUGCUCUGAAGCCUUGAC